AAGGGGCGGCGGCUGGUUUGUGGGCGCUCGUGGGAGGGGGCUUCUGGCGUUGCCAGGCGGCUCUGCUUCUAAGCUUGAAGAUUCCAGGCCUCGUAGACCCUUAUAGAGGCGGCGCACGCUGGGGGCCACAGUGGGCACGCAGAGAGCCAGCCACAGACUAAAGUGAUUUUAUUCUGUUGCCUGUCCAUAUUGGUCUUAAGUCCAUCAAAAUAUGAUGCCCUUUGACAUUGUUUCAGUAAAAGAAAAAAAGUAGAAGACCUGGCUGGUGUAGCUCAGUGGAUUGAACACGGGCCUGCGAACCAAAAGAUCUGUCUGAUGUGGUCUCACAUCUGAAACAUGGCUACAGAUUGGCUGGGCAGUAUUGUGUCCAUCAACUGUGGGGACAGCUUGGGUGUCUAUCAGGGACGAGUGUCGGCAGUGGAUCAGGUCAGCCAGACCAUUUCUCUCACCCGGCCUUUCCACAAUGGAGUGAAGUGCCUUGUGCCAGAAGUCACCUUCAGGGCAGGUGACAUUAUGGAAUUAAAAAUUCUGGAGAUACCAGGUCCUGGAGAAAACCAACAUUUUGGAGACCUUCAGACAGAUUUAGGCUCCUCUGGUGUUGGGUACCAAAUGGGUAUCAAUCAGAAUGGCAUGGGCAGGUUGGUCAAGAAGCCAGCCCCUUCCAGCACUGCCCCGCAGAACAUCCCGAAGAGGACCGAUGUGAAGAGCCACGAUGCUGCCGUCUCCCCGCAGCAGCAGUGCUCCAGGAGCUGUGUGGAUAGGCACGCAGAGCCCUUGAGUCAGUCCAGAAGUUUUCGUCGUCGGCACAACUCUUGGUCAUCUAGUAGCAGGCAUCCAAAUCAGGCAACUCCAAAGAAAAGUGGUUUAAAGAAUGGCCAAAUGAAGAAUAAAGAUGACGAGUGCUUCGGGGACGAUAUUGAAGAGAUCCCAGACACAGAUUUUGAUUUCGAAGGGAACCUAGCCCUGUUUGACAAGGCAGCUGUGUUUGAGGAGAUUGACACCUAUGAGAGGAGAAGUGGUACCCGUUCCCGGGGCAUCCCAAAUGAAAGGCCUGCUCGGUACCGCCACGAUGAGAACAUCCUGGAGUCAGAGCCCAUUGUCUACCGACGGAUCACAGUGCCCCACAAUGUGAGCAAGGAGUUCUGCACGGACUCUGGCCUGGUUGUCCCAAGUGUCUCCUAUGAGCUACAUAAAAAGCUGCUCUCUGUGGCUGAAAAGCAUGGGCUGACUUUGGAGCGGAGACUGGAGAUGACAGGUGUGUGUGCCAGUCAGAUGGCACUGACUCUGCUCGGAGGACCCAACAGGUUGAAUCCAAAAAAUGUCCACCAGAGGCCUACCGUGGCUUUGCUUUGUGGGCCCCAUGUGAAGGGGGCUCAGGGUAUCAGCUGUGGGAGACAUCUAGCCAACCAUGACGUCCAGGUCAUCCUCUUCCUGCCCAACUUUGUCAAGAUGCUAGAGUCCAUCACCAAUGAGCUGUCUCUCUUCAGCAAGACCCAAGGCCAACAAGUGUCCAGUCUCAAAGAUCUGCCCACUAGCCCUGUGGACCUGGUGAUCAACUGUCUGGAUUGUCCCGAGAAUGCCUUCCUGCGGGAUCAGCCCUGGUACAAGGCAGCCGUGGCAUGGGCCAACCAGAACCGGGCCCCAGUACUCAGCAUAGAUCCUCCUGUGCAUGAAGUUGAACAGGGCAUCGACGCCAAGUGGUCACUGGCUCUGGGCCUGCCUCUGCCGCUGGGAGAGCACGCAGGCCGCGUCUACUUGUGCGACAUUGGCAUUCCCCAGCAGGUAUUCCACGAGGUGGGGAUCAACUACCACUCACCCUUUGGCUGCAAGUUUGUCAUCCCACUGCACUCUGCCUAGAGGGGCUCUGGACAGGCUGGACCCUGUAGUCCCCUGCUGCUCCUGACACUGAACUUGACAACGAACGCCUUAAGGAUGUGAAGCUUCAUGGACCUUGUUAAAUCUUUUCUUGUUUGGGUUUAUUUUGUGAGAGAACAAAUCAUAUUUAAAGCUGAACUGUCACCUGCUCUUCACCAGGAAAGGCUUUCCCACUGGGUGUGUGAGACAGGUGGCAGGCUGAGCGCUCAGUGGCUCCAGGCAUCUCUACACUCGACCCCCUGCGUGGGGUUUUGUUUACAGACGUAGGCAGCUCACAAACUGUGUGUCAGGUUUACAGCCACUGGGCCUGGGCAGGCGCCUUGCAGAGUGGGGCAGGGCCUGUUUGGGGAUGUGUACUUGCUACUUCAGUGCUGGUGGCUUUGUGUCCCCCUCCUCUGAUCACACACAACUGGCUGUGCUGCAGCUGUCCACCAGAGGGCAGACUUGCACUCCCCAUUCCUUUUGAGGGCUGUGGGGCCUCCCCUUGACCCUUGAUUCGGAGGCUUUGACCGUUUCUCUUGAGCUGAUCCAAGUUUAAUGUUGGGAUUCUUUCCCAGGGUCCUUCCUCCUUUCUACAGCACUCUGAGAGACAGGGAAGGGGGUGGCAUCGGGAUGGUUUUACCGUACUGGGGCUUUACAUUAUGUUUGUCUUCAGCCCAGGUAGUAUGGUUGUCACUAUAGAACCACAGUGCCCAUCUUGCCAGCAGUGUUCCCCAACCCCACACCCUCUCUAGCUGGGGCUUGAGCCUGUUCUUAGUCUGGGACCAGCCCCCUCAGGCUGCAGCUUUAAUGUUCAGUAUUGGGGAGGCUGGGGGGCCUGGUGCUGAGCCACAAGAAGCUCCCCGGUGCUUCUGUCCUAGGCCGCCCCUCCCCCCACCUUGCCUGCACAUACACACCCACACUGUUUUGCUCCCUCUGCCCUCUGGAAUGGUCGGUCCUCUGUAGCUGCACAUCCCUCCCUUGUCUGAAUCCUUUGUGGUUGUCCACUCUACAUGAGUAGGCUUGGGGCCACCGCCCUAUCUCAGAGAUGCCAAAAUGCGGUUAGUUCUGGAUGAGCUAGCUGGUGGGGCUCAGCCGUAGGAACACACUGCUGCUCAGCUCUAAGGCACUAAGCCCCUGGACCUUGUCGGCCUAGGCCCUGGGAGCUGGUAGAAUAGGAGCCAUGCCCUGGAGUUCCUGGCAGCUGCCCUUGCAGACUUGUGAUCUAAAGCCUUUCUCAGGGCUCCAGGUUUCCUUCUGCUCUGUGCCUAUGUACUCUGGUUAAAGGGGUGAGUGGGAAGGCUCACCAUGGGUUGUGGCCUAGGGGUACGAAUCACUUUCCUUACAGGAGUGUGGCCAGAACAGGAGGCAGGGCAGAGGGGGCUGGUCCCUCUUUUCCUCCUAUCCCGCAGUUUGUCUCCAGCAGUGGGAGGAGACCAGACAGUUACCCUGUGCUGUGUCCUCCCUGAGCCUCUGCUCACUCUCAGGGCCCAGCAGCUACCAGGAUGGGGCCCUUACUCUAGGGGCAGGGCCAUAGUGGUGCUGGAUUCCAGGGUUUUUAGUGAGCAGCCAGUCAACAGGUUCUUGGCUGCCUAUUAGUGUGCAUAGGUUCCUUGAGUGGGUACAGUGGAAAACAAGCUAGAAGAACCCUGGCCCCAAAGACUACCCACUCUAGUAAGUUGUGGUGGCCCUGCAGGUGGGGGGUGGGGGGUGAUGGCCUCGAGGAACCACUAGUAAUUUGCCCACAUUCUUUUCUUCUUCCCUGGUGGCACUGGAGCCUCCUUGUGCCCUUAGCCUGGGCCUUUCCCAGGGGUACUAUAGAUAAGCAUGAUUCCUCUGUCCUUGGCUUUUUUCAGAGGCAUCCUGCCUGCCAUGCCCAGUCUCUGAGGGGUCCCAGUCAUGUGGUCAAGAGGAUCACUCAUGCACCUCUUGGGGAACUAAAAACCAGCAGUAAAAUAAAGCUCAAUGACAGAG